AGUCGGUCAGAAUGGAGUCGGGCGAGGAGCAGCAGGAGCCAGAGCUUGAGCCACAGCCGGCAAAACAGAGCCAGGACAGGAACGGCGUUACGUUACGUAUUCUAAAUACGUAACGCCGUUACAUGAACUCCGUUACUCCCCAACACUGUCCAUACCACUGAAGUGGAGUUCUUUUUGGGGACCAACUCCAAGCUUUCACUUUCGUUGUUGGCCAGGGCUACCCGCUACACCUUGACUAAAACAGCGAGGCAUAUGACGCGCUGUACAUGCUGAGGCCACUGUCAACAGAGGAGAAAGACAGACAAAGUCGACGAGGACCUACACACGGCAGCCUUGACCAUGUACAGGGGUGUUCAACCUGUGGUUGGCGGACAAGGACGUGGCCACAUGGAGGUCGGUGACGAGAAUGGGAAUACGGUGGAGAUGAACACUGGCAAUAUGACCCCAACAUCUGUUUUGACUGUCAUCAGCAAGGACACUGGGCUAAAGACUGUCCACAGAAGAAUGGCUCUGUGCAGGCUACAGCUGCUGCAAACAUUGCAUUCACAGGUGAAGAGUGCCCUGCCAUCUGCAGCCACAGCAGUCCUCCACAACUUACAGCCUGGAGAUUGGGUUCUCAUCAAAGAUCACAGACGCCGUCACUGGAAACAAAGGCCAUUCCAGGGCCCGUUCCAGGUUCUGCUGACCACUGAGACAGCUGUAAAGGUUGUGGAGAAGGCCGCAUGGGUACACGCCAGCCACUGUAAACGGGUUCCUGAGCCAACAGCCGACAUCUAGACUCCAGAGGAGUAAAGCUAAGGAGGUGACACAAAUUCACCUCUAGACCCAGAAUAAUGGUCUAAGAAUAAAAAUUGACUCAUCCAGACGUUGAGGAAGACAACUGGGGUGCACGCCGUGCGCUGCCCCUAACCUGCAGCUGCGUUGGAACCAUCUGCAAUAUAAGAGUGAGGGGUGAAAGAGCGCCUUCCUCCACCAGUAGCAUGCCA